AAAUGAAUAACAAUUUGCAGCAUUUUGUCCAUUCCUUAGGUAGGCAUGCCAAAGCAGUAUCUUCCUCUGUUAGGUCAACCAAUCGCAUUAUACAGUUUCGAUACAUUCUGUGGAAUGAAUGAAGUGAAAGAAAUAGUUGUUGUAUGUGAUCCAUCCUACACGGAUGUAUUUGAAGAUGCAAGUGACAAGAUACCAGUAGAUCUUAAAUUUGCACUUCCUGGAAAGGAGAGGCAAGAUUCUGUUUUCAAUGGGCUUCAGGAAAUUGAUGGAAGUUCAGAACUUGUCUGCAUUCAUGACUCUGCGAGGCCUUUAGUCUCAUCUGUCCAUGUCAAAAAGGUGUCUCCUUAGCUCUACCAUCCCACG